AGGAGCAACGGAGCGACCGCAUACUCCAAUCCCAUCCACCCCCGGUUCAGUCGAUUCCAAAAAAAGGUCCAGAUUCGAGGCGCAGCGGGAGCGACCGCGUCAAAUUCAUCCAGUCCGGAUUCGAGGCGCAGAGAGGAGACAACCCAUCCAGUCUGUCCCGAUUCGAGGCGCUGCGGACCGACCGCGUCGAAUCCAUCCAGUCCGUGAAUCGCCAUCCGGCCUUCCGGCCCUCCGGCUGUUCGUCUCAUGAAACUGCUUCCCGGGGGUUUCAAGGAAUUAAUCACUCUUCAGUUUCUCUCCAAGCAUUCAAAUGAUGUCCUGGCUCUUUGUGCGCCCCUCACGGUCAUUAAUGGAUGCCUGGCUCUUUGUUUCUCAUUCUUCUGCUGUGUAUAUAUGCUUCCUCUAUGCUCACUCUUGUAACUCCGGCGACAGAACAUCCAUCAGCAUGUUCUCUUGUAUUGUUCAUACUGGGAGGUGGUCAAUUGAUUCGGCCAGAUAUUGGAAACUGGCUCUCACAUUUUUUUUAUUUCUGCAAUUCUUCUGGACAGAAUGUAGCCAUACUGUUAUAAGCAGAUGGUUGGAAGUAUGUGUGUGGAUUUUCAAGACUCGGUGCAGGCUUUGCAUCAUUACAAGCAUAAGGCAAGAUACACUUGGGUUAAUCUGCGGGCAGUGAAGUUAGCAAAUCAUUGGAAGAGUUAAGUGCAGUCUGUAUCUCAUUUUUUUCUUAUAAGGGAAGGCAUCACAGCAUAAAGUAAAUAAGUGCAGACCAUCGGACAUGCAGUAUUGUUGUUCUUUUCAGUGAUCUCCGUUGUGUCCGUGAUCAGAUUUGUGUGCAUAAAGAAGUGCAUUAACCUGUAACAUGUGUUCGUCACAUACUUUUGGCAGGGGAGGGGCUAUUUUAGUUACGACAGGAGGGACAACAAGCAGGAAGAGUUGGGCAACUAGAGUGCUAGAUUCAGGGCAAGUUUGCCUAAGCACUUUUAUUAGUUCCAUUGAUAAUACCAGGACCGGAGAACUGAAAGCCCUUGUAGAUGCAAGCGAUGUGCUAUUAAACCAAAAAAAAUUGUUUGAACAACAUAAUACUGUCAGAUAGUUCGCGAGGUCGAUUUUCACAUGA